AUGAACAAGAACAAGAUCAAGAUCAAGAAGAACAAGAUCAGUAACAAGAACAAGAACAAGAACAAAAUAUAUAACAAGAACAAGAUCAAUAACAAGAUCAAAAUCAAGACAAGAUCAAGAACAAGAUCAAGAUCAAAAUCAAGAUCAAGAUCAGGAUCAGGAUCAGGAUCAGGAUCAGGAUCAGGAUCAGGAUCAAGAUCAAGAUCAAGAUCAAGAACAAGAACAAGAUCAAGAUCAAGAAGAACAAGAUCAAUAACAAGAACAAGAUCAAGAACAGGAUCAAGAUCAAUAACAAGAACAAAAUCAAGAUCAAGAACAAGAACAAGAACAGGUACAAGAUCAAAAUCAAGAUCAAGAUGA